UAAGGCGAACUGUUAUAAAAGAGAGCAAACAAUAAAUUAUAAAACUAUUUGUAAGGUUGCCAUACAAUUAAUCGGUAUCACAUCCAAUAUGCAGUCCACUGUAGUAUACCUCGGGUUAUUGUCAGCUAUCUUGCUGUCAGUGCAGGCCGUUCCAUACCCCGGACCCAACCCUUACGCCAGACCUGUGGCUAACCCUCUAGCACUACCAUACGCCUACCCAGAGCCCAACUGCUGUGGAGCAGGGUCCAGAUGCGGUCUCGGGCUGUGUGACUGCUGUGGAGGAACCACGUGUGAAAAUGGAGCCUGCAACCCCAUCAGAGUUACUGACUUCUUGGAUGGCUGGAUAGCCAGGACCUUCCCAAAUCAAGCUUCGAGGGUGGGAAGUUUCUUGGAUCCGUUGGCUGAUAAAGUCCUGAUAACGACCCUGUUCCUGACUUUGACAUAUUCUGGACUCAUGCCGAUUCCGCUGACACUUCUUGUGGUAACUAGGGAUGCGAUUCUUCUCUCGGCAGGAUUGUACAUUAGAUUUCAUUCCCUGCCACCUCCCAGGACGUUCAGAAGACUCGUAGAUCUCUCUCAUGCCACAGCUCAGCUCUCACCUACGCUUAUCAGCAAGGUCAAUACUGCCGUGCAGCUGAUAACGGUAGGUGCCACUCUAGCCGCUACUUUGCUACCGUUUCCUCACGAUGAUCUCCUGAUCCUCCUCUGGUGCUUUGCUGCCUCCACGACGAUCGCAUCUGCGAUGAGUUAUGUGUUUGCGAAGGACACAUAUGUGGUUUUAAGAAGUAGAUGAUAAUAGACGAAUCUUGUAUAAUUUGACAGUAGGAAAAACAUCCUUUGAUAAUUUUGUAAUAAAAAGAAUAGCUUAAAA